UGGACGUGAGCGUGCAUGAGUCAAUGACAUCAACCGUAGAGCUUGACUUUCACAGUAACCACGUGUUUACUUACGAGGGAUUUUGGAUUCGCUUCUAUACGAAGGACAAGCCUGAAAAUGUUGAAUGGAUUCACCAUCUGUUAGAAGAGGCUGGCUCAUUUCAUUCCAAGAACUACCCACAUUCGUACAGGAACAACUUGUAUCAGGAGUGGAGCAUAUCACUCGAUGUGGGAAAACACAUCAGACGUAUGUUUACGUACUUUGAUGUCCAAGUUACCGAGGAGUGCGACUCCGACUAUUUGAUUAUUGAAGACCCUUUAAGUCUGGAUGAAAUGCACCACUGUGGUACUUGUAUCCCAACACCCUACAUCUCCGUAGGACACACUCUUCAUGUCUUCGUUGUGACAGACUUUGCCAUCUACAGAACCGGCUUUUCAGCAAAAUAUGAAUCAGUGCAGGAUAGAUCAGGCAAUGUGGAGCCAUCUGCUUCAGAUGUACUCCCGUCUGAUUGGCUUACAAUCGGUGAUAAGAUCAAACAAAUUAGCGUCAGUACAUCUACCAAUCAGGUGUGGGCACUGGAUAUCGACGGAAAACCGUUGCGGAGGACGGGUAUUUCACAGUCAACACCACAAGGGACUGGAUGGGAGGUGGUCGGAACAGAACAGUUUCUGUACAUCUCAGUGGGACGUGUUGGGGUGUGGGCAGUCUCUGACGACUCCACUGUAAUGUACCGCAAGGGAACAUUCAGGGGCGCAGGAACAGCAGGGACGUCCUGGCAGGCAGUUCAUAUCGACUCCAAAAUCACCAGCUCACUCUUCAACUUCAAAACAUUCCCAGUAGAAAUUGAUUGGCGUGGACACAACAUAGACCAGAUACAUUCAGGAAAAGACUUCGUCUGGAUCGUUGCCAGUUAUCCUCAUUUCACAUAUGGAUAUACCAUAGUGAGAAAAGGUAUAACCUCGGAUAAUCCCGAGGGUACAUCCUGGGACUCCGUACAAACAGCGAACAUGAAGGAAGUCAGCGUCAGCUCCAGGACCGGGCAGCUGUGGGCAGUCGAGAUUGGCGGCAGAGUGUGGCGUUCUCCUUUCUACUGUGAAAUCUCUGUAAAGAGCAACUGGGAAGCAAUUGAAGGUUGCUUUUCGUCAGUGUCUGUGGGACGGUCGGGCGUUUGGGCGGUCGACUUUGAAGGCGAGGUGUACCACAGAGCAGGCACAUUUCUGAACGAAACCGCCCCCGAAAAGCGACUCUGUGCAGAGGACGAAGUCAUUUGUCCAUACAGCGAGAAAUGCAUCAAAGAAUGCCGCGUGUGUGACGGCAUCGUGGACUGUGGGGAUGAUGACGACACUGACGAGCGGAACUGUUGGUUUGCCAACUGUCCGGAGAAACAUCGGCGAGUGUGUGCCGGAGAAGUGGGCUGCUACAGCCCGACUCGUGUGUGCGACGGAGAGCGGAACUGUGGGGAAAUUACUGAGGAUGAGCGGGACUGUCCCGACAGCUGCGUGCACCAUUGGAAACGUAAUUACCUACUGCAACGAGACGAAAUCCAGUGUCGUGAUCUGUCAGGCUGUGUGAAGAUCACAAAAGUUUGCGAUGGCCAGAAAGACUGUGCAGAUGGGUCGGACGAGAUAAACUGUUACGACUUCUGCUCCCUUCAUGGAACAUUUGGUGAUGCCGCCUACUGGAAGUGCCGUGACUCCCCGGGCUGUGUGAAAGGAGAAUUUCUGGGUAACGGCAUUUCUGACUGCGCUGAUGGGUCGGACGAAGAGAACUGUGAUGAAUUAUGCAGAUCUAUAGGGUACUGGCCGUGUAAAAUCUCCAUCCCGCCGUUCCCGAGGUGUAUCAAGGGGUCGGGCAGAUGUAACCGAGCAGUAGAGUGCAGGGACUUCUCGGAUGAGAUCGGCUGCGGAACCUGUGACGGGUAUUGGGCUGCUUUGGAAGAGUACAAGGAAAAAAGGAGGGAAGAGGGACUAACGACGUCUGACGAGUACAAUUAUAAGUGCAACUCAGGAAAAUGCGCAACGACAUUCAACCUGUGUGAUGACCGCGACUUCUGUGGCAACUGGGAGGACGAGCAAGACUGCGAUAUAACGACCUGCAUGGACACGGCGGUACGGUUUGGUGUUUCUGACCAGUAUAAAGAAAUUGAAGUCGCACAAAAUUGCGAUGGAAAGGACGACUGCAGGACGGGUGUUGAUGAGAAUCCACGGAGAUGUGACAUUGGAGCUUGUUUGCUACCCGUAGAUCUACUAGUGAAGGAUUAUAUAGUUACUGAAGGCUUUGGAGCACGUCAUUUAAACCACGGUAGCCUAGGUCUGUCCCUGACGGAAUGGGUUGUUGAUAACAUUGAGGACUGGCUACAAAUCACCCUCGAACAUCCUGUCCAACUGGCCGCUAUAGUUGUUUCCGGUCCCAGGUCAUCGCAUCCUCCCCCAUUUACGUUGAAAUACGGGCUUGGGACCGACUGUUUAACAACCUACAUAGAGGCGGGUGAAAUUAAGGUAUUCCAAACAUCGAAAGUGAGUGCCAACUCCGCUGAACAUUACCUGGCCAUAGCAGUACACACCAGAGUCGUGAUGCUUACCCCACAGUCUGCACUUGACAAAACUGUUUUGAACGUAGGUCUAUUGGGUUGCCCAAUUAAAGAGCAACGUUUCAACGACAAGUUUUGUGGCAAAGGUUGGACGAUGUUUGAAGAGAGCUGUUACCGGAUUAUUUCAUCUCCGCUUGUCUGGUGGGCUGCGGAGCGAUACUGUCAAGCUCUGGGUGGUCAUCUGGCGGCGGUCAACACACUACGGGAGAAUGAGUUCCUCCGCAGCAACACUGGCAAUGGAUGGAUAGGGCUAAAGCUUGAUUCAGUCGUCAUGAAGAAACAACGGGAGAGAAUCAAAGACUUAACUUGGAGCAAUGGAAGUCCUGCAGGAGACGCCUUUAAGGAGGAGAAUAUUGCACUUGACGCUUUCCAGGAAUAUCUUUGGAGACUCAAUGAUCCUUUAUGUGCCACUCUAGAACUACAUGAUCCAUCGUCACACAGUGGAGACAAUACAAAUAACACAACACAAUGUGUCGAUGGUGAUCAUGACUUGGCAGAAACUCAAAAAGGCGACCUUAAUGCAAACGUUCCGGACAUGACAGUCUGCGAUGAUUGUAUGGCUCGGGAGACAAGCUGUGGGAACAUCAGAUGCGGUCUUCCCGAUGACUACCGCUGCGGACUGAUCUACUCUCCCGGCUACCCAGCCGCCUUCCCGCCUUCAGCUAUCUGCCUGUGGACCAUCGAUGGUCCGAAGGGAAGUUUCGUCACCCUUCUGCUGCUGGACGUUGAUUUGCCGGGCUACUCGAGUGGCGUCUGCACAAGUCGUGUGCUGCAGGUCAGGGACAGGUUCCUGACGGUAGGGUGGAACACGAUACACGGGCUUUGUCGUGGGGAGGACGAGCAGAAGGUCUAUGUUUCCAGCUCCAAUGACAUGCAGUUGGCCAUGUUGGCGACGAGUAACAGCGCUGAUAUCGGCGGCAGUCGCGGCUUUAUGGCAACGUUCAACAUCAGCACUUUUAGCCCCAGCCGCCAGGUGCACAAUCUUCCUGACGAUGCAGGGUUCAUUUGCCCGUGCGGAUGGCAUUUGUUCCGCCGAAACUGCUACCAGACCUUCCGACAGACCGUACCGCUGAACUGGGUUGAAUCAGACCUCAAGUGUCGCGAGUACGGCGCCAACUUAACCAGUGUCUCUGACCGACAGGAAAUGGAAUUUCUCCACGUGCUUUUGGUCACCAACGUUGUCGUCAAACGCACCGCUGAUCCAAAGCUUUUCAUCGGAUUUUAUGAUGUCUACAGGAACCGAACCUUUGUGUGGACGGACGGCAUUCCUGUGACGUAUACGGACUGGUAA